GUCUGACGUCAGUCCAUUUUGAAACCAUCGAGUGAGCAGUGAACAUCGAGGAGAGGUCGUGGAGGAUUUUUACCAUCUAGCCACCAUCGCCGUUCGCCAAUUACACCAUGGCUGAUACCGAAAAGGCGCCGCAGCCGCAGCCUCAACCGCAGCAGCAGCAAUCGGAACAACAACCCCAACAACAGCCUGCCAAAGCGUCUAAACAAAAGCAGGUCAUCGCCGAAAAAGUUUCUGGCACAGUGAAAUGGUUCAACGUGAAAAGUGGAUAUGGAUUUAUUAACAGGAAUGACACGAAGGAAGAUGUGUUCGUGCACCAAACUGCGAUUGUUCGUAACAAUCCGCGCAAGGCUGUGCGCUCGGUCGGCGACGGCGAGGCGGUGGAGUUCGCCGUGGUGGCCGGCGAGAAGGGCUACGAGGCGGCUGGCGUGACCGGGCCCGGCGGCGAGCCGGUAAAGGGCUCGCCCUACGCCGCCGACAAGCGGCGCGGCUUCCCGCGGCAGUACUACCCGCGCGGCGGGUGGCGCGACGGCGACGGGCCCCGGCGCGGCGGAGGCGCGCGGCGCCCCCCGCCCGCCGCGCCCGCGCCCGACGCGGCCGACGGAGAAGCAGCGCCAGCGCAACGCUCGUACUUCCGCCGCAACUUCCGCGGCGGACGGCGCGGCGGCCCGCGGCCCGCCUACCGCGGCGGCUACCGCUACGUGCGCCAACGCGCGCCGCCGCGCGACGGCGAGGCGCCCGCCUCCACGACUGCGCCGCCCAAGCCCAAGGGCAAGGGCGCCACGCUCGACGCGCCGUCCGCCGCCGAGAGCCAGGCUUAGUGCCCGGCCGCCUGUUCAUCGAGAGUGUUAUUGUCACCUGCGCGGGAGCUGCAUAAUGUCAUGGAUCGGAAUGUGAUAUCGACGUUUAUUAUUUAUUGUAUAUCAUCCGGCCGGGUCUGCGAGCGGUACUAAAUUAUAUUUUGAUAUUUUGUAGAUAUUAUAAGUCGCCGCGCGCGCUUCUGUACUAUUUCUAUAUUUAUUAUUAGAUACUACAUUUUUUAAAUGUUAAAAAUUUCAAAGUUCUGUGAACAUGUGCAAUCUACAGAUAUUUUAUAUAAAUUUGAGAAAUGAUAUGCAGGUUCCGAUGCCCCAAGAGGAAUGAAUUCGUAUAAAACUUCAUGUGGAUUAGUUUCCAACUCUUAACAUUACUUUAGUUUCUAAAACUUCGUGUUUAUGUAUUUUUUUUUUGUUUUUGUGAUAGAACACUCUUACAUAAAUAAAGGCUCUUUUUACCUGUGUGAA